AUGACACCCUGGUUCACCUGUUCUUCGAAGCACAAACAAACCGCUGAUUGGAACAAAUAUGAUGACCGGUUAAUGAAAGCGGCAGAGAGGGGAGAUGUAGAGAAGAUUUCCGCCACUCUCACCAAGAAGGGAGUGAACCCCAGCAAGUUGGACCUAGAGGGACGCUCGGCAUUCCAUGUUGUCGCUUCUAAGGGUCACCUGGAGAGUCUAAACUCCAUUCUGUUACAUGGCGUGGAUCUCACGGCUCCCGACGCUGCCGGGCGAAACGCAUUGCAUCUGUCCGCGAAAUAUGGACACUCGUUAUGUCUGCAGAAGCUUCUACAGUUUAACUGCCCGACAGAGAAUGUGGACCUGCAGGGGAGGACAGCGCUGCAUGAUGCAGCCAUGUCUGACUGCUGUUCCAGCGUGCAGCUUCUCUGUGAUCACGGGGCUUUAGUCAGCGCCAAAGACUUGGAUGGAAGGUCUCCGCUUGCUUUGGCCACCCAGAUGUGCCGUCCAGGUAUCUGCCAGCUUCUGAUAGAGAAAGGGGCUGAAAUUAAUGCAAGAGACAAGCAGAACAAGACACCUCUGAUGCUGGGAUGUGAAUACGGCUGCAAGGAGGCUGUGGAGAUCCUGCUGAGAGCCGGAGCCGAUGUCGGAUUGGUGGACUCUUUGGGACACGAUUGCGCCUAUUACAGCAGAAUCGGGGAUAACCUUGAGAUCCUGAACCUGAUAAGGACUGCUGUAGAAAAUUCACCACGAGGUGCUGAUCCUUUAAGAAGCAAAGUGUCUUUACGAGCGAAAUGGGCAAAGGCCAACUCCAAAGAGGAGUCGCUCGCAAAGUCCAAGGACCCGUCCCAGGAUCUCGAAGUCGAGAAUGAAGACCUGCGGGAAAAACUGAGGAAGAUUCAGCUGGAGCAGCGUGCGUUGCUGGACAAAGUCGGGGGAUUGCAGCUGCAGCUCAAUCAGGAACAGAUGAUCACGGAUGACCUGGAGAAUGAGAAAGAGGACCUAAAAUCCCUGCUGGAAGCAAAAGAGAAAGAACUAGAAGACAGCUUGAGAACGAUGGAGAACCUGCGAGGAAAAAUGCGGUAUUACGAGCAAAAGAAUCCCUCGGCCCCAAGUAGCCCUUUCAGCCCUGGUAAAGAGGAGGUUGUAGUGAAACAGAAUCUUGUUCUAGGCUCGGAUCCUCAGCAUGCAGCUCACCUGCCGGCCAGGUCUCAGCUGCGUCCUUUGGAGCUUCCUGGAGAAAAUGCCGAUCAACGCCAAGAGCUAGAAACGAUUCGCAGAUACUAUGAGAUGGCAAGAGAAGAGGUCCUAAGGCUGCAGCAGGAGCUGUCGAGGAGAUCUUCCGAGUGUCUAGCUCUGGCCACUGAAAGAGAUCGGAGCAAAACCGAGUCGGACCAACAGAUCCGGCAGUUGGAAGAAGCACUACGUGAUGUACAGAAGCGGAUGUUGGAUUCUGAGAGCAAAGUGAAGCAGAUGCAGACGCACUUCCUGGCCCUGAAAGAUCAUCUGACCCAGGAAGCUCUAAACGGCAGCUCACGUGCAGGAGAACUACAGGAGCAGCUCCAAGAAGUAAAGAGCAAAUACGAGGGAGCAUCUGCUGAAGUCGGAAAGCUGCGCAACCAGCUGCGUCAUAAUGAGCUCUUGGUGCAGGAACUGCGCAGAGAGGAUGCUCGUCUGCGGAAGGACAACAGGCGUCUGCAAGAUGAGCUAGCCGUUUGUGAAGAGGAGAAGGAAAAAGCUGAGCGAAGGGCCCAAGAGGUUGGAGAGCAGCUGGGGUUGGCCGUCACCACUGACAAGUUUGAAAACAUGAGAUGCCUUUUAACUAAUGAGGUGAAUGAGAAGUCCCGGAGAUUAGAAGAAGCUGAACGGGAGCUGAGCCGCGUCAGGGAUGAAUUUGAAGCUGCAAAUAAGGAGAAGAAGAGGUCUGAACCCAAGUUGGACAUGCUAAAGAAGGAGAUGGAUGAUUUCAAAGUAAGGAACAGCAGCCUCACACGGGAAAAUGAGAAGCUGCAUUCUGAGAAGAUUCUGCUGCAGAGGCAAAUCGAAGAGCUAAGAGGGCAAAUGAGAAGUCAGCAUGUUCCUGCACAGCUGCAUGCCGAGACUAAGAGAGCCUGUGAGGAAACCAUAGCCCUGCUGAGCCAAAAGCUAACGGAGUCGGAGCAGAAUCACAGGAAGGUUGAACUGGAGCAAGAGAAACUGCUGGAGGAAAAGAAGACUUUGAAGGAGGGCAUGGUUCUCCUCCAAGCAUCCACCACUUCCCGCCAGGAGCAUGAAACCGAGAUGAAACAGAUGCAGUCAAAGGUCAAACAACUGGAGAAACAGCUGGCUGACAUGACUAAGAAAUGUGAAGAAGAAGCAAAGAGAGGCUGUUCUCUACUGUCGGAGAACGCCAGCCUAAAGGAAAAUCACAUACCACUCGCCACACACCUGCAGGCCUCCGUCUCGCUGACCGCAGAGCUGGAGAAAGCUAAAGCCGAGGUGGCCAUGGUCAGUAAGCAACUGGAGAGCGAGACAAAACAGGUGACGGCUAUGCAAGCCAACCUGGAAAAACAGAUUAUGAAGCAGAAAAGCCUGCAAGCACAGCUGGAUAGUGAAUCGGCCCUGAAGUUAGAAUUGCAGACCCGGCUGAAGAGCCAAACUGCGAAGGAGGCAGAACUGCAAGAAAGUCUGAGAGCCGAGGUCUCCAAAAAUGCAGAACUGCAGACACGGGCGACUGGAGAUGCUUCCGCGCGGUCAGAGUUCAGUAGUUGCAGUCGCAAUUGGACAAGCUUAAGGAACAGAUCCGCUCUGAUUACGUAAGUAGAAAGCAACAUGGGGACAAGGUGGCCGAGCUGCAGAAAUGUGAAGAAAAGAUGAAGCAAGAGUGUUCCCAGGCAUUCUCGAAGUAUCAGCAUGAAAAAGAAGAGGUGAACAGGCUUCAGGCAGCUAUUAAAGAGCAGAGAACGGAGCUGGACACACUGCAACGUUGCAUCACUGAAAAAUACGCCCCGCUUACAAGUAUGGAGGAGAAGGAGAAGAACUUCUUGGCAGCCAAAAAGGAAAUUGAGUUUGAGUUGCAGAAACAGUGUCAAGUGACUCAAGAGGCAAAAGAAAGUCUGUCCAAACAGCAACAAGAGGCACUUCAACUCAGAAAGGAACUGGACAUAUCAAAGAAGACCCUUCUCCAAGAGCAGACCUCCCGAAAGGAAGAGGAGGCCGCCAUGCUCAGAGAACUGGAGGAGCUCCGAGCUGGUCUACAGGACCUGCAGAAGACACGGGUCCAGGCUGAGGAAAAGCAGCGUGCAUUGCAGGAAGAAAACCAAAAAACCACCCGGAAGCUGAACGCUCUGCAGGAAUGUCUUAGCAGUCAAUACAUUCCCAUACAAAAUCACAAUGAGUUGAAGAGCACACUGGACGGUAUCAGAGCUACCCUUGAAGCUGAGAUAAGUGCCAAAGUCAGCCUGUGUGAGAAGAUGCAGGAAAAAGUGCACGACUUGGAAAAGGAACUGGAGGAACAGAGACGAUCUAGUAUUUCCGGUGCAAGGCAUGCUGAGGAAAAGGAGGACUGGCAGAGAAGGGAGGCCGCAGCUCAGGCGAAGUUGCAGGAGAAGGAGAAGGCUCUGCUUGCGGCUGAUCAGGAAGCGAAGGGACUACAAGAAGAGUUGAAGAGGGCCCAGCAAAAGUUAGAGGAAGUGCAGAGUCACAGGCAGAGGGAAAAAGUCGAUUUUACUGCAGCAAGGACAGCCCUGGAGCAGAGAGUGGCACUGCUGGAAGACACCAAUAGCAAAUACAAAGAGGAGAACAAACAGAUGGCGCAGAAGCUGCAGGAUGCGCUCGCGCAGUGCGAGAAGGUCAAGCAGAAGAACCAGAGUCGUGAACAAGAGAUCACCCAGCUAAAGGGGAAACACGAACAAUGUCUUUCCACCAUUGAUGGGUUGCAGGAGAACAUCCAGAAAUCGUCUAGAGACCUGGAGAGCAAAGAAAAGCAGGUCUCCGUUCUUCUCAAGGAUGUAGAGAGGCUGAAGCUGUCCUUGUCCCAGCUCUCUGGGAAAAGCCAACUAAUGGAGCCUCUGCAGAGUCAGAUCAAAGCCCUGCAGUGCCAACUGGAUGAGUCGCAGCGCAGGCACCAGGAGAUCGUCUCCAUUUAUCGCUCCCAUUUGCUGAAUGCGGUGCAGGGUCACAUGGAUGCCGACGUACAGGAUGCUUUGUUACAGAUCAUCCACAUGCGGCAAGAGAUCGUCUGCUGA